AUGUUCAAACGAAAUAAUCCUAUUAUUCUUACUCUUUCACCUUCUCUUAAUAGACUUUCAUUAAGAAAAAAAACUUCACAAACACGCUCUCGUUAUUCUUGGAGCUCUCGUUCUGCUACUUCACUCUAUUCACCUACACAAAGUAUUAGUAAAGAGAGUGGAAGUAUUAGUAAUAAAUUUAUUUCAAUUGGAUUAAAUGAAAUUGUAUCAACUUCAUUUACUACAAUUGUAACAGAAUCAAAACAAUUAUUUCAAUUAUUAGAUUCAGUUACAAAUUCUCCUCAAUUCAUUUCAAAAUAUACAGAAGUACUACCUUUAAAUUUACGUGAAAUAUUAUUAAAACAAAUGUCAACGGUUUUAACAGCACUUUCAAAACCUACUCCAUUACCUUUAAUUUGUUCUUUUCUUAUUGAUGGAAAAUUAUGUUUUCAUACAUACCCUAUCGUUCUUUCUGCUUUAUGUGUAGAAUCAUUUUCUGACCUUCCAGCAAGAGUACUUCCAGAAUCAAUUAAACAUGCAAGUAUUAUACUAAAAGAAUUUUCAUUAUUAAUAGAAUUAUUGGAUAAAGACAUUGAACAAUUUAUGACUGUUAUGGGAAGUAUUUUAACUUAUGAAAAAGUCGAUUUAAGAAUGUCUCAUAAAAGAAGUGAAUUGGAAAAUAGUUUAAUGCAUGACCAAUGGGUAUUUAAUACUAUUGCUAAAGGGGAUAUUCAAUUACAAGAAAUGAGAAAAUAUUCUAAAGAAUUAUAUUGUGUAUCUAAUAGUUUAGGAACAAUUCAUACAGAUUUAAAUGAAAGUAAAGGAAUUAUUAUACGACAUGGAAGUUUACUAUUAAAACAAAUAGAUAAAUUUAAUGAAAAAUUAAUGAGUAAAGCAGUAUUAAUUCUUUAUCCAACAGGAUUACAAAUAUAUAUAAUACCAUUACAUGAUUGUAUUAUUGAGUCAAUAUGGAUCUCUAUUGACAAUUUGAUUAUUGGAAAUAUAACAGGAGAAGAUGGAGAAUUAUGGGUAAGUGGGUGGUGUGUAUUAACGUUUCAAAAUAAAGCUACCAAUAAAUCAUAUUGUGUUUGUUCUAAUAACUUAUUAACGACAUUACUAUGGCAUGAUGAUAUGUUAAAAUGUAUUAAAAUGAAUACAAGUAAUAAUGAAAUACCUGUUAACAUACAAUUAAGUGAUUGUUUACCAACAACAAUCUUUGGAGUAACAAAAGAAUUAAUUUUUAGAGGAUGUAGUUCAGUAAAGAAUUAUUUUAAAUUAAAAACAAAAGGAACAUUAAAAAAAAUAGUACAAAAUAAUCCUAAUAUUGAUUUAGCAACAGUACCAAUAGAUGAAAUUACUGAAUUUUUUAUUAAUUAUUUUAAAAAUAUUAAACCUAAAUUAUUAAAUAAAAAUGAUAUUGAACUCUUUAAUAGAAUAGAUUUCACUCAAAAUGAAUUUGAAUUAACAGGUCUUAAUGACUUUUUUGAAUCUAAAGAUGAAGUAUCAAGAAGUGUAUUAUUAUCUUUUUUAUUUUUAAUAACAUGUUUUAUUAAUAAUGGAAAUGAUGAAAAUUUUACUGAUGAAGAUGGGAUGAAAAUCUUACAAAUUGUUUGUGACUCAUCUUUUAAAAAGAAAUGCUUUGAUUCUCAAAGAAUAAAAUUUCUUUUUGAUUGUAUUGGUGAUAUUAUUUCUUAUUAUUCAUUAAAUAAUACUCCAAUGACAUUAAUUAAAAUUAGUCUUAUGAAAGAACCAAUUAGAAAGUUAUAUCUUCUUCCCUCACAAAAAGUUGUUGUUUUAUUUCAAAGGAGUAUGUUUAUGAAAAAUGGAAAUAAAUUAAAUACUGUUACUUUACCUCAUGAUUAUUUUUCUUCAUGUUGUAGUGGGGAUUAUGUUUUAAUAUUAAAUAAAAAUAAUUUAACAAGGAUUAAUGGAAUGGAGAUAAAAACAAUAGAAGUAAAAGAUAGUAUUACUAUGACUGGAUUUAAAGGAGUUUUAUUAAUUGUAUUUAAAACAAAAAUCGAAUUUAUUGAUAUUGCUUCAUUUACUAUUAUUUCUACUGUAAAUAUAAGUGGAGUAGAUACUGUUAAAACAACAAAAACAAAAUUCGGAUUUGUUGUUAUUAUUAAUAAUAAACAUAUUUGUUUUUAUGAUACAAAAGGGUCUUUAUUAAAAGAAAGAAUUGUUGAAUAUAUGAAUAAAGAAAUAACAUUUAUUGUUGCUAAAGAUGAACUUAUUUUUAUUGGAUUUAAUGAUGGUAGUAUUUCUGUUCUUAAUGAAACUAAUGGAAAUGAACUUGAAAUUAUUGUUUCUUUUGAAGGAACAAUUAAAGACAUUGUUGUUGGAAUACAACAUGUUUAUGCCUUAACAUCAAAUAAUACUAUUCUUGUUAUUGAUAAAUUUAAUUAUCAAAUAUUAUCUAUUUUCACUCCUCUUUCAAUGGCAACUUCAUUAUUAGUUUGUGAAGAUCAAACAUUACUUAUUGGAACAACUAAUUCCAUUCUUCAAUAUCAUUUAAAUUCACCAUCUUCAUGUACAUCAAUUAAAUUAACACCUUUCUUUGUUGAUAUUCCAGAAAGUAUGUCAACAUUGAACCAUUCAUUAAUACCUAAUAUUUUUCAUAUUCAAGCAAAUUGUUUGAUAUGUCAUAAACCAUUGACUCCUCAUGAUCUCAUUUGUCGUUAUUGCCAAAUAACUAUUCAUGGCAGUUGUUUAUCGUCUUUAUCAAAAGAUUGUAAAAAACGAUAA